UGAUUUUUAAGGUAAAAACACAACCCCAAGCAGACGCGAUCCAAAUCCAGGAGUUCUGUAUUUCCAGGUUGGCACUGGAGAGGUGAAGUUCUAACUGAAAAAGGUGGAGGGACUCAACCGGGCAAGGGAUGCCAGGCCAACAGAGAAACUUAAGAGUGGGUUAGUGGAUCCCUAGAAAUUCGAGUGGAAUCACGCCUUAAGAGCGCAUUUCUCUAUAGCUUUCUGUCUGCAUUCGGAUUGGGAAUACUGGGAUCGCUUUCAUCAUGCCUACAGUGGUGGUAAUGGACGUAUCUCUUUCCAUGACCCGACCUGUGUCUGUCGAGGGGUCCGAGGAAUAUCAGCGCAAGCACCUGGCAGCCCAUGGUUUGACAAUGCUGUUUGAGCACAUGGCCACAAAUUACAAGCUUGAGUUUACAGCUCUGGUGGUUUUUUCAUCCCUGUGGGAGUUGAUGGUUCCCUUCACAAGAGAUUAUAACACCCUACAGGAAGCACUAAGUAAUAUGGAUGAUUAUGAUAAAACCUGCUUGGAGUCUGCGUUAGUUGGUGUUUGCAAUAUCGUUCAGCAAGAAUGGGGUGGUGCAAUUCCUUGUCAGGUUGUUCUGGUGACAGAUGGCUGUCUUGGCAUCGGUAGAGGGUCUCUGCGGCACUCCUUGGCUACUCACAACCAACGCAGUGAGAGCAACAGGUUUCCGCUACCUUUUCCUUUUCCAUCUAAGUUGUACAUCAUGUGCAUGGCGAAUCUGGAGGAGCUUCAGAGCACUGAUUCCUUGGAUUGCCUUGAACGUCUUAUAGAUUUAAACAAUGGUGAAGGGCAGAUUUUUACUAUUGAUGGUCCCCUGUGCUUGAAAAAUGUACAGUCUAUGUUUGGAAAGCUGAUAGAUCUGGCAUAUACGCCUUUCCACGCUGUUCUCAAGUGCGGCCACCUAACUGCUGACGUGCAAGUCUUCCCCAGGCCAGAACCUUUUGUAAUAGAUGAGGAAAUUGAUCCUAUCCCUAAAGUCAUUAAUACAGAUUUGGAAAUAGUGGGAUUUAUUGAUAUAGCAGAUAUUUCAAGUCCUCCAGUUCUGUCCAGACAUCUGGUCCUACCUAUAGCACUUAACAAAGAAGGUGAUGAGGUGGGUACUGGUAUAACUGAUGACAAUGAAGAUGAAAAUUCAGCCAAUCAGAUUGCUGGCAAGAUACCCAACUUUUGUGUCCUGCUUCAUGGCAGCCUAAAAGUGGAAGGAAUGGUGGCGAUAGUUCAGUUAGGUCCUGAAUGGCAUGGGAUGCUCUACUCUCAAGCUGACAGCAAGAAGAAAUCAAACCUCAUGAUGUCUCUCUUUGAGCCUGGCCCAGAACCUCUCCCAUGGCUAGGGAAAAUGGUGCAGUUGGGUCCAAUUUCAGAUGCUAAAGAAAACCCUUAUGGUGAGGAUGAUAAUAAGAGCCCGUUCCCCCUGCAGCCCAAAAACAAGCGCAGUUAUGCCCAGAAUGUGACGGUGUGGAUCAAACCCAGUGGCCUGCAGACAGAUGUACAGAAGAUUUUAAGAAAUGCAAGGAAACUACCUGAAAAAACACAGACAUUCUAUAAGGAGCUGAACCGUUUACGAAAGGCUGCCUUGGCCUUUGGUUUCCUGGACCUGCUCAAAGGGGUGGCAGACAUGCUAGAAAGGGAGUGCACACUGCUGCCCGAUACGGCUCACCCCGACGCUGCGUUCCAGCUGACCCACGCUGCCCAGCAGCUCAAGCUGGCCAGUACUGGCACCUCUGAGUACGCUGGGUAUGACCACAACAUCACACCUCUGCAGACAGACUUCUCUGGGAGCAGUGCAGAGAGAAUAUGACGCUGACUUUGGAAGCGUUCCUUCUUUUUUUCAAGUGAGAAUGAUUUCGGGUAAAAACUUUCUCAGUCUGCUCACCUCUGCAGUGGCUACCCGAAGACCUUCCCGAGACUGCCUGAGACGCACCCCUCACAGGUUUGACUCUGCUACUCCAAGAAUGUUCUGCAGGUGGGCAGCUGCUUUCUGGAGCUCAGAGUCUUUUAAAUCCCAAAGACAACUGUUGCUCCCACGAUGGGAACAUCUCCUGAAACGCUUGAAGGACUGACAAGUGUAGAGCCCUCUCCACCAUCCUCAGGAAACCCAACAGCUUGGGUUCUGUUCCUGAAACACCUCUCCACUCCUUUCCUCUCCCAACCAUAGGGACAUUUUCAAGUACCUGUGGUUGGGAGAGGAGACUUGCUAAACACAAACCCAACAUUCCUAAGUUUCAGAAGUUCCUUAAAACUUGGGCAAAAAAGUCAGUGGCAACCCUUAGGGUGCUUUUGGUGUAACCUGAGAUACAAACUUAAAACAACCAAACUUAUACAAACAAGCAACCAUAAA